AUGAAUAUUUGUUUUUUUUUAUUAAAGGAAAAACUCCACGAGAUACAGGAGAGUGACGGCGCCAAGAAACGUCCUGAAUUUUUGUCUACAACAUAUGAUAAUUCUGAAGGAAUUUGGGAUCCAGAAAAAUGGUGUAAGUCUUUGCAUCCUGAAGGUCGUGAAGGUUCACCUAAUACCCUUGGUGAGAUAAGAGAACGCAAACGUCCAAUAGAUCUAGAUCGAGACUUGUUGAGAAGAAAAGUUUCAGCUGAUCCUAAAGAGCGUUUGAAAGAAGAACAAGAUGGAAUAGUUCUAAGUCCCCAGAGAAGAAGUUUUGGUACAGGAUGUCAUGUGACCCAGAAUAGUAGUUUAAUAAGACAAUCUAGUACAACAUCAGACUAUAAUGAUGAUCGAGAAAGAGGUGAUCGGCGAGGUGAAAGACGUAUUGGUAGUGGUAGAAUACAGAUUGAUAGAGAUCAAGGGAGAGAUUAUCGUAGUAGUAAUAGUAAUACUGGUGGUAAUAGGUUUGAUAGAGAUGAUGAUAGACAUGAAGACAGACCUGUAGUAGACAGAAGAUUUGAUAGGAACGAAAGAUUUAGGAGAGAUUUUGAUGAUAGGGUACGUCAAUUGAUGUCUUGA